AAUAUCACACACGGACACGCGCAAGUAUGUACAGACGAACUUUGUAUCAUUACGUCGGAAGCACGAGAACGCCGAGAAGCCACGACUAUGCUAUCCGGAUUGCAUCUCCACCGGCGGUAGGCGUGUUUCCAUUUAAAAAACAUUUCAAGAUAAACACGUACAUCUGACUUUGAUUGGACGUCGUCAUGACUAUACUACUCGUGAUACUGUUAAUUCUCGCGAUUCUGACGACGUAUCACUUUUUCACGCGACGAAACCCGUUCAAGGCUCACGGUCUGGUUUGUAAAAAUUCAGUUCCUAUCUUUGGUAGCACGUGGAAGUCGGUGCUAGCCUUAGAAUCGUUCGCUGAUGUUAUACAAACGAUUUACAAUUUAAACGACGACGCGAAGUAUGUUGGAUUCUAUAAUAGGAUGACACCGAUGUUGAUGAUCCGCGACCCAGAUUUGAUCAAGUCGAUCGCGGUGACGAACUUCGAUUACUUCCGGAACCACCGGAACUUCGGUGGCAAGUACAUAGACAGCCUGCUCGCGAACAAUUUGCUGUUAUUGCGAGACGAUAGAUGGAAAGAGGUACGCGCGUUGAUCACGCCAGCGUUCACGAGCAGCAAAAUGAGAUCUAUGUUCAAACUAAUGUCGGAAACCGCUGAGAACGUUGCAGAGUAUUUGUCGAAUCUCACGGCUGAACAACGAGUUGUGGAAAUGAAGGAUAUCUUCACUAGAUAUACGAAUGACGUUUUUGCAACGUGUGCCUUUGGCAUCUCGGUUGAUUCUUUGAAGGACCGCGAGAACAGGUUUUACACAUUAGGGAGAGAGGCUCUGGACAUUCACAGUAUAAUGAUCUUGAAAUUCGUGAUGCUCAGAGUAUUCCCAAGAUUGUCGAAAAAAUUGGGUGUUACGUUGUUCAGCAGGCAGGUGAUGGAUUUCUUCAGGGAACUCGUUUCCUCGAAUAUCAAGGCCAGAGAGGAGGAAGGCAUAGUCAGGCCGGAUUUCAUUCAAUUGAUGAUGGAAACCAGAAGCAAAUUGGGGCCGGGUAGGGAAUUAACUGUCGAUGACAUUACUGCCCAGGCGUUCUCUUUCUUUUUCGGCGGCUUCGAGACCACCUCGGGUCUGCUUUGUUUCGCUAUACAUGAACUGGCGGUGCAUUCAGAAAUCCAACAGAGACUUUGCGACGAGAUCGACCAUAUACUCAGCGAGUCCAAUUCGCAGGUGACUUUCGAACAAUUGAACGGUUUGAAAUUUCUCGAUGCGGUGAUCAAUGAAACGCUGAGGAUGUAUCCCAUCAUACCGGUUACUGACAGGGAAUGCACGAAACGGUUCGAAUUACCACCGGCCUUGCCGGGUACGAAGCCGUACGUCAUACUGGAAGACUCUCACGUGAUGCUGCCCAUCUAUGCCAUCCAACGGGAUCCAAAAUAUUUUGAGAAGCCGAAUACGUUCUAUCCUGAUCGAUUCAUGAAUAAACAGAACAGUAUUCUCAACUCCGGCGCUUAUUUGCCUUUUGGUAUCGGGCCAAGGAAUUGUAUAGGCAAUCGGUUCGCAUUGGUCGAAGCGAAAGUCGCGUUGUUUCAUAUCUUGGCCCGGUGCAGAUUUGAAGUCUGUUCGAAAACGACAGUACCAAUGGAACUGAAAAAGAGGAGCGUGUUUCUGACGGCGAAGAAUGGAUUCUGGUUGCGAGUCUCAACGACCUCGGUCGUUAUCUCGCAGUGUUUGUCGGGCAGUGAACAAGGAGUGUUAUUUGAUGGUGAGCAAUCGUCGCAGGUAGACGCAAUGAUUUGGCCGAUAAUCGCAGCCGUGGCCGCCGUGCUUUUGGUGGUUUGGUAUCGUCUGACGAGGAUCUAUAGUUUCUUCGAUGAGAAAGGAAUUCCGUGCUACAAACCGAUCCCGAUACUGGGCAGCAUCUGGAAGGCAGUGCUCCAGCGGAUUACCUUCGCCGAGGUCGUCCAAGAACUGUACAACUUGAAUCCCAAUGCCAAGUACGUGGGCUUCUUCGACUUCAGGACACCAAUAAUCGCAAUCCGCGACCUAGAUCUGCUGAAAUCCGUGACGGUGAAGAAUUUCGAACACUUCCCGGAUCACAGGGCCUUCUUGAACGAGGACAUAGACUUGUUGUUCGCUAAGAACUUGUUUGCCCUGUGCGGCGACCGAUGGAAGGAAAUGCGAAUGCUGUUGAGCCCAGCUUUCACGUCGAGCAAAAUGAAAUCGAUGUUCGUACUGAUGCGCGAGUGUGCCGAGGAAUACGGGAAUUACCUGGCUUCCUUGAAGUCGGAGGAGACCACCAUAGAACUCAAGGACACGUUCACCAGGUACACUAACGACGUAAUCGCCACCUGCGUCUUUGGUGUCAGCGUGAACUCGAUAAAAGAUGUGACGAACAAAUUCUACGUCUUCGGCAGAGAGGCCACCAAUUUCGGAGGGCUGAAAUCGCUGAAGUUCUUCAUUAUCAGAAGCGCACCGUGGCUGGCCAGGUUGCUGGGAAUGAGACUGGUUAAUAUCGAGAUCGCAGAUUUUUUCAGAGAAUUGGUAUCCACCACGAUAAAGACCAGGACCGAGAAGGGUAUCGUUCGCCCAGAUUUGAUUCAACUGAUGAUGGAAAAUAAUAAAGACCCAGAAAAGGAGAUGUCGAUCAACGAUAUGACCGCUCAAGCGUUCAUCUUCUUCUUCGGCGGAUUCGAAACCACCUCCACGCUAAUGUGUUUCGCCGCUUAUGAAAUUGGGGUCAACGAGGACGUUCAAAAGAGGUUGCAAGAGGAGAUCGAUCAAGUUUUGGAGAAGUGCAACGGCCAGAUCACCUACGAUGCCAUUAACAACAUGAAAUAUUUGGAUGCGGUCAUCUACGAGGCUCUUAGAAUGUAUCCCAGCAUCACGGCCGUCGAUAGGGUAUGCGUAAAACCCUUUGAGUUACCACCAGCCAUCCCAGGCGCGAAACCGCACGUCGUCCGUGAAGGAGAUUUCCUGUGGAUACCGAUUUAUGGCAUCCAACGCGAUCCUCGUUAUUACCCGGAACCCGAGAAAUUCAAUCCUGAUCGAUUUUGCGAUGAUUCCAAGCAAAUUCUUAACUCUGGUGCUUAUCUCUCUUUUGGAAUUGGACCCAGGCUGUGUAUUGGUAACAGAUUCGCACUGAUGGAAACGAAAGUUCUCCUGUUCCAUAUUUUCGCUAAAUGCAAUUUGACACCCUGCUCGAAGACGACGAUACCGAUGAAACUUAGCAAGAAAGGCUUUUCCAUGACCGCUGAGAAUGGAUUCUGGUUCAAUGUUCAAAGGAGGAGCGUAAAGAACACCGAGAAAGUUUCACUCUUAGAAUCGCCCAUUAUCUCUGGAUAAACAUUUAUUUCCUAUUAAUGAGUAACAUUUUUCUUGCCUAUAUGAAGAAAUUCAAACAAAAAUUCUUUUGCUUCAAAACUGAGAUUUUGUACAUUUUUCAGAAACCGUAUUAAUAAUAGUUUUAGUAUUUUAACGUCAUACAAACAUGGAAGAAAUUAGUUCAACAACAAUUCUGAGGUCAAUCUUUAUCUGUCAAUCUUCAUGAAAUUAUGUACCUAUUUCAAGCAAUUUAACUCGAUUGUCCUACCGUGUAACACUUAUCAUUAAGUAUUGUACUCUGUUUAAGGUGAAGAACAUGUGUGCAUGUGUGUUAUAUAAUUGUGUCCAGUGGAAUUAAAAUUGUUCAGUAGACUAUUGUGAACAAAUAUAUGGGUGAUUUUUUAUGCUAAUGUAUUUCGUUUCGUAACGGUGUCUUUUUACUAACACGUUUUCUGCGGAAACGUAAAUGCGUUUUAUGUACAUUAUAUACUAGAAUUAUUGCUAUAUUUUAAAAUAGCACUGAAUGUGAUGAUGUAAUGUGACAGAAUAAAAUCCGUGUUUCAAUGAACAAUUUAUUUAAAAAAUAUACUCUAUUAAUAAAAGAAUUGUAAGGAGUGGCAUAUAACGCAAGUUAAUUCACUUUGAUAAGCUGAAUUCUUUAUACGCAAUUCGCUGGUACGUUCUGCGCUCAUGUACGAGAAGAUUUAUGACAGUCAACCUCUACACAAGUAGCUUCCCAGUACUGUGCAAAUAAUACUAAUCUCGGUGGCCAGUUACGAGAUUGUGAGCCUGUAAGCCUCGUGACUAAUCUAUCAGCUGUGGCAAUACUAAACAGGUAGAUAUACUAUAAAAAGUGUUCUGAUCAGAAAAACUUAUCCAUUUGAUAAAAACAAGAUUAAAGUAACUUUAUAAGACCAGUUCCAACAUAUUAUUUAGUAUAUAUGAUCUCGUUUCUGAUAAUUACUUGACAAGUCAUUAUCGUGCAGUAGAGAGCAGAAAAUACUCGCUAUCGUAAUUUGGCCAAUAAUUGGCUGUAUUUGCAAUAAUUUAUGAACAAUUGCACGAAGUUGCACUUAAGUUAUCGCAUUAUAAAAAUAGUGAAAAAGUUGGAAUUUCGUACUUACUAUUAAAAUUGUAUUCUGGGAUAGAAAUACAAGACUAUGAACUUCUCAAUCAA